UGUUAGGUAACGCUUGUUAGGCUCAGUGUCGUGUCGUCGGUGGUUGAGAAUGGAUUUUACCGGCAAGGUUGUGCUCAUCACCGGAGCUAGCUCUGGCAUUGGCGCUUCAACGGCUAAAUAUCUGACCAACCUUGGUGCCACCUGUGUGCUUGCUGCGCGCAGCGAUGCGAAGCUAGCUGAAGUUCGCCGGGAGUGUGUCGCGCUGGGAAGGGUGGAACCACUUACCGUCGUGACUGAUGUCACCAAGCGCGAAGACCUCGAACGGUUGAUCCGGUUGAUCAUUGCCAAGUACGGGCGGUUGGAUGUGUUGGUGAACAAUGCUGGCAAGGGAGCGGCCGGCAGCAUCGAGCAAGCCGAUCUGGAGCAGUUCGAUGAUAUUCUCGAUACGAAUUUGCGGUCGGUGUUUGCACUGACCAAGCUGGCCCUGCCGCAUCUGCUCGCCGUGAAAGGUAACGUGGUGAACGUAUCGAGUGUGGCCGGUACCAACUCCUUCACGAACGCGCUCUCGUACUGCGUCUCGAAGUCGGCCCUCGAUCAAUUCACCCGCUGCACCGCGCUCGAUCUGGCACCGAAAGGUGUGCGCGUAAACUCCGUCAAUCCGGCGGUUAUUGUGACGAACUUCCACAAGGCGAUCGGUAUGGAGGAUGAAGCUUACGCCGCCUAUCUUAAGCACUGCGAAACCACGCAUCCGCUGGGACGCGUUGGAACCGGCGAAGAGGUGGCCGCAUCGAUCGCAUUUCUGGCAUGCGAUGCGACGGCUAGCUUCACCACGGGCACCUGUCUGCGUGUGGACGGUGGAAAACAUAUACUUACGCCACGUUAAACCCAUUCCAUGAUUACCAUUCCGGCGGAAUCCGUAAAGGCGUAUAGAGAAGGAGAAAUUUUAGAUUUAAUUAAAUUACCAUGGAGGUAGCUGCUCCAGUUUUGGCCAAUGUUCCUAUUUUCGGCUGGCUUUUUGUUCCAAUUUUUAAUAAAAUGAGACUCGACGAUAUUUUUAAACACAACAUAC